CGCUGGCGAUGCUGUGCUGAUGUUGUGACGUUAAAGAUUUCACCAACAGUGCUCGACCGAACAAUCGCGUUUCCGUGAACGCGUUUCAAUCGAAAUUCUGUUUAAAAAUUUGCUGAAUAUGGCCGCAGUGAGUUCCAUAUCAAACGUCGAAAACCUUUCGCCGCAAAUUAUUCGACGGGUAGCCAAAGAAAUGAGCGAAUUAGCGACGCAACCACCCGAGGGCAUUCGUGUUAUUUUGAACGAAGAAGAUGUUACUGACAUUCAGGCUACUAUAGAAGGACCUUCGGGAACACCGUACGCCGGUGGUUUCUUCAGAGUGAAACUAGCCCUGGGCAAAGACUUCCCUCAAGGACCGCCGAAGGCGUUCUUCUUAACAAAGAUCUUUCAUCCGAACGUCGCGAAGAACGGUGAAAUAUGCGUGAAUACUUUAAAGAAGGAUUGGAAAUCAGAUCUCGGAAUAAAACACAUACUACUGACUGUGAAGUGUCUCUUAAUAGUGCCAAACGCGGAGUCAGCUUUGAACGAAGAAGCUGGUAAAUUGCUUCUACAAAGGUACGACGAUUACUCGGAGAGGGCAAAAAUGAUGACAGAGAUACAUGCGCAGGGAGGUGGAAAGGGCAGCAAAGCGGGUCUGGAAAGUUGCGCCUCCUCUGAAGUCGGAGGGCCACUCCCAAAAAAACACGCGGGGGAUAAAAAACUAUCAGCGGAGAAGAAAAAACUGUUAAAAGACAAAAAGAGGACGCUGAAAAGAUUGUGAAGAGAUGUGACGUCGUUCGAUCUAUCUUUUAUAAUUUAAGAAACACCGGUGUGGUAAUGUUGCCUCUAUUGUACACAAAUUAUUGCAUAGUAAAAAUUUAUUAUCUAAACACGACUGAUCUUAUUAUUAAGUAUUUAGAAAAGUUAACGAUUCCAGAAGCAUUACGAGAAAUGACUUCCUUAAAGAUACAAAACAAGUACAACACUCUAGCGAUCUACUUUACGAUCGGAUAUGGAAAGUAAUU